UUGUAAUUAAUUAUUACAGAAUCGAAUGCAAGAAAGCUUGAAGCUAUUCGACUCAAUUUGUAAUAACAAAUGGUUCACUGAUACCUCAAUUAUUCUAUUCCUGAAUAAGAAGGAUCUUUUUGAGGAGAAAAUUCGCAAGUCUCCACUCACCAUUUGUUUCCCCGAAUAUGCCGGGGCGCAAGAGUACGGUGAAGCAGCCGCGUACAUUCAGGCGCAAUUUGAGGCGAGGAACAAGUCAACCACUAAGGAGAUCUACUGCCACAUGACUUGCGCUACUGAUACAACCAAUAUUCAAUUCGUGUUCGACGCAGUCACAGAUGUCAUUAUCGCCAAUAAUCUUCGUGGCUGCGGUCUCUAUUGAAGAUAAAUAUUCCCCCGUCGCGGAGCCGAUCGACCGACACACACACAUAUGGUUGAACUCACACUCAUACCCUUAUACAGAACACAUGUGUUGUAUUGCGAGAACGAGAGAGCGCGUGAGAAUGAGAGACUAUGAUAAUGUCAGCUACUGAGAGAAAGAUUGAGUGACAGAGAGGGAGAGAAUGGCUGAAAGAACGGGAGAGAAAGAGAUAUACCUAUGUACCACCGCUACUACUACCGACCACCUGCGGAUACCUUCUCAAUUUUUAUUACCAAACAAACCUUUUAUGCCAGUCCUUUCAACGUUUUUCCUUAUCGUACUAAUCGGCGAUUCAAUGCCGAUUCCAAUAUUUAUAUAUCUAACGUGCUAUUUAUAAGUUGAUAUGAAGAGAAAGCUAAGAAUUCCUUCCUGAACAAGAUUUAUAAGAUUGUUAAGUGAUAUUGCUAAAAUAUUAGCUGUGGAGAGUUGUUAGUACAAUGAUAUCUUUUAUAAAAGGUGACAUUGUUCAUUGUGCUUUGUGACAUAGGAAACUGAAUGUGUUUGAGAAAGGGAAUUUGAAAUAUGAGCA